AUCGCUCAAACUGAACAGGACGCGCCUGUAUUAUAUUUAUUUAAACGAUAUUAGUUGGGGCUUAAGCAGUAGUAAAUGCUAUUAUGUCGAAACAAAAAAUUCUUGCUUUGUUUAUAGUUGGAUAUUUAUUGGAAAUAACCACUGCUGCAGAACCCAUCCAGAUCCUUAAUUCACACAUCGCGGUGACAUCAAAGGGGGUUCCAUUCAGGAACUUGACUGCUGAUGAGGUCAUCGAUGGUAGAGUGAAUGACAAAGGCGAUGCUACCUAUUGUGGAUGUUGCGCAGCUCUCGAAAGACCGGCAUGGGUGCAACUGACACUGGACAUGACUUAUCUCGUGGAAAAGAUUCUAGUUCUAGGGCGUACAGAUGGAGCAUUUGUUCAGUUUGACAACAUCACAUUGUUACUGGGAAGACAGGACCAAUCACUUCAGAACGAAAAGUUCACUUUCAAAAACCAUUUGUAUGCGGAGACGGUACUGGCUCCUCCACGGGGAGUAUAUGCUGUAGGAGUUUCGGGCAGUGUGUCAUCAACUACAUAUAUGACUAUAUGCGAGAUUAGGAUAUACCGACAAGCAGAUUGUGUAGACGGAACGUACAGUGCAAACUGUUCCAAAGAGUGCCAUUGUCUUUCGGGUUCCUGCGAAAGUGUCACGGGCAUAUGUAUGAAUGCGGUAUGUCAAGACGGCUGGAGAGGAUUUGCCUGUAAUGAAACUUGCAACCCUGGCACUUUUGGUGUUAACUGCUCCUCUAUAUGUCAUUGUUACGACAAUGAAACAUGCCAUCGUAUUAAUGGUACCUGUCCCUUAAACCAAUGUGCAGCUGGAUGGACGCAUGACAACUGUAGCGUAGCGUGCGAUCCAGACAUGUUUGGUAAGAACUGCUCCUCCCGUUGUCAUUGCCUGCUCGGAGCAAGUUGUGACCAAAGUUCUGGUCACUGUCCGGGUAACCUAUGUGCACCUGGGUGGACUAGAAGCAACUGUAGCGUCGCCUGUGAUCAUGGCAUUUUCGGUAACAACUGCUCCUACCCAUGUCAUUGCCUAUAUGGAGAAAGAUGUGACCAUGUUUCUGGCCACUGUCCUAUUGACCAAUGUGCGCCUGGAUGGACUCUUCGCAACUGUAGCGCUGAAUGCGGUCGAGGCAUGUUUGGUAUAAACUGCUCCUCCCAGUGUAAUUGUCUACCCGGAGUAAGCUGUGAUCACAUCUCUGGCCACUGCUCAGAUGAUCAAUGUGCCCCUGGCUGGAGUAAUAGUAAUUGUAGCGUUGCAUGCGAUCAAGGGUUAUUUGGUUUGAACUGCUCCUCAGAGUGUCAUUGCCUACAUGGUGCCAACUGUAACCAUGUCUCCGGUAACUGCUCCGAUGAGCUAUGUGAGCCUGGGUGGACCAAUAGUAACUGUAGCGUUGCCUGCAACCCUGGUACUUUUGGUGCCAACUGCUCCUAUAUAUGUCAUUGUUUCAACAAUGAAAUAUGCCAUCAUAUUGAUGGUACCUGUCCCGUCAACCAAUGUGCAGCUGGAUGGACGCAUGACAACUGUAGCGUAGCGUGCGAUGAAGGUUUAUUUGGUUUGAACUGCUCGUCAGAGUGUCAUUGCCUACACGGCAGCAACUGUAACCAUGUCUCCGGUAACUGCUCCGAUGAGCUAUGUGAGCCUGGGUGGACCAAUAGUAACUGUAGCGUUGCCUGCAACCCUAGCACUUUUGGUGCUAACUGCUCCUAUAUAUGUCAUUGUUACAACAAUGAAAUAUGCCAUCAUAUUGAUGGUACCUGUCCCGUUAACCAAUGUGCAGCUGGAUGGACGAAUGACAACUGUAGCGUAGCGUGCGAUAAAGGUUUAUUUGGUUUGAACUGCUCGUCAGAGUGUCAUUGCCUACACGGCACCAACUGUAACCAUGUCUCGGGCAAGUGUUCCGGUGAGAAAUGUGAGCCUGGGUGGACUUACAGUAACUGUAGCGUUGCCUGUACACCCGGCUUCUACGGACAAAGAUGCUCUACGGACUGUCACUGUGACAAGUGUCAUCCCGUCAAUGGAUCGUGCGUAGGGGCUCUUCAAUGUCACGAUGGGUUUAGGAUGGAAAAUGGUUUCUGUACACCUUUUAGCCCAGAGUGUCAUACUGAUAAGCAUUAUAACGCCUUAUUAGCUGUGUCUUCGGUCCUUGGAGUUGUUGUAGCGGCUGUAAUAGUAUUAAGUGUGCUGAUCAUCAGAUGGAAACAUUGCCAAUUUGUUGGAGAAACUCGUGCUAACAGAACGUCGUCUUGUCACAAAAUGUACGACGACUUGGCACCAAUUUCAACGAACCCUAACUUCUAUGACUACCUGCAAAUGUCAUGAACAAAGAGGAACAACACUAUUUUACACCUACAUACAAAGUGGACAGUGCACAAAGAAUAGAAAAAAGUAUAAUUAGCACAAGGCGAAGAAGACAACACGGUUUACCUUGGCACCUGACGAACAUACACAGUAAAUAAAGAACAAUUGAUACCCAUGUGGAAAAAAAUAACAUUUCAAUGCGUACAUUUGGAAAUAGAUUAUCAGUCCCCGCAUGACAGAAACAUAGACAAACGAUGGCAAAACAGCCACAAAACAAUGAGUCAAGUGUAAUGAGAAUAUAUUUAUUCACGUUUGCGUUCAAAAUUCCACUAAACAUGUUCUCUUGCUCUAUAAAUGUAUCGAUCAUCAAGGUUACUGUACCUAUCUGACUUUAUAAAUGUUGAAUCACUAUGGUAUAAUCAAACGACAUGUACUAGUGUACUUAUUUAACAAUACAAAAUCUAGCACAACUUUAUUAUAACGAACUUGUAUCACGUUUGAUGUAUAUUGCAGCAUCGGCUUAUUAAGUUCACACGUAUUGUUACAUACGUGGCAUCUACAGAAACAUUUAUUUGUGUACACUUCUUAUUAUCCACUUAAUAAAGAAAAUAAUUUACAACAUAAACAGUAACUAAUCAAUUUAUAUCUAAUAACAUGUGAUUAUAAUUUAAAUACCAUGUUAGUACAAGUGUAUUGUUAUAAAAGAGUGUCAAUAACAUGUUUGUAUCGAUGUGUGUAUAUGGAACGAGUUAAUGCAGGUAAUUGUGUGUGAUCAUAUGGUGUGUACAUAUUCAUAUUCUAUAUUCACAAGUUUACCAUAAGUACAUUUUUGGCGUUAUCUAUCAGGCUAUGUUCUUAGAAAUAUCGAUCAAUAUUGUUUGAGACGAAAAUUGUUGACAUAAUGUCAUCAACAAGUGCGCCUUAUUAGCGCUCAUAGUUAUAUAGGUGUAAUGACAUUAUGUUAUUUGUCAUAUCGAAUACUUUUUUUCAAUUUAUUCAAAAUAAUAUGUUAUACAAAUUUGAAUAUUAUGUCUCAAAAUACUUCUGUUUGCUAUAUACAUUUACAUUGACCAAUAUCCUGACAUUAAACUAAUCAAACCAAUCAAAAUAAUUGCUGACCGAACUCAGUAUCAAUUGUUUGUCAAGUGCUUGUCCCUUGAGCAGUAUCAAUUGUUUGUCAAGUGCUUGUCCCUUGAGCCAUGCAUAAUGAUAAAAAGCAUGGAAGCAUUCAUUAUUUCUUAAAUGAUUGUUUAUGCAUUAUAGUUUUGUUGAUUCAUGUUCGUUAAUUGUAGUUUCAUCGAGUUAUUAUUACUAAUUAGUUUUCAUUACCUGUGUCAAUGCUUACCAGGCUCCCUUUGGGGGUAAAUAAUGUUGUUAGGUUUUUAAGAUAUUUACUAUGUUAUCAAGUAUUGCUAAUUUGUGCAAAUCAUUAAGUGUUUGCUUAAAUAUAUAAAGCGGUUGAAGAAUUCAUAACACAUAAUAAUUCUGAAUAAAUACAUGCAUUCUUAAUCAUUAAUAUAAGCAUAAUGCGUAUUACUACUAGAGGCAAUACAUAUAAUUCAUGCAACGAAAUCUUAGAUCAAUUUGAUUUUCUUAAUUUGUAAAUACUUAAGACGUAAUUUCUAUGCAACAUAUGAAGUAUUGUUUGAUUUUUUUGAAAACAAAUACAAACUAUUUUUUGUUUAAAAGACGAUCUGAACGCUAUAUUCCAAUAUGCAAUUCUACACUUUUUGUCGAUGUAUGUCAUCUUAUCAUUGUUUCAUGUGCAUAUUAUUACCGUUUGUGUGUGUA